AUGGCGUGUGUUGCGCGCCCCGAAACUAUCGUAAAAGAACAACCAUCGUGAGUUGAAAGUGUGUUUCUCGCUGAUUUCUGAAAAUGUGUUUCCGCUUCAGAUGGCUCACCGACAAAUCAGAGAACGACAAUGUUGUUGGCAACAUUCGGUCAUUUAUACGAAUUCUGGAGUCUUUCGCCGAAAAUACGGAACGUAUCGGACGAGACAUCGCGAAGUACGGAAAACGAAGCAGUCUCCAUGUAAACCUGAACUUUUUAAUUUUAAAUUUUGAUUAUUUGAAUGAUUUCAGGAUUGGGAGCGAAUGAAUCUGACAGAAGACGUGAUAACAACUAUUUUGGACGUGCAUGAGAAAAUAGUCUACAAAACGUGCAGGUUGGCGAACAAACGGCCGAUCAAACAAGAGCCGAAAGAGGAGGAAGGCGACUUUGAACUUCCCGAGAAGCGUGUCAAACUGGAAAUAGCGGAUGCUCCAGAAUAUUCACCCGGGUCUAUGGAAAGUGAGAAAAUAGCUACGCCAACACCGCCGCCCGAGUGUAGUCGCAUUCAAAGUGCGGAAAGUGAAAGAGAAGUUAAAAGUCAUCAGAAAUUCACUCUUCUUGGCAUUCCCUACGUGGUCAAUCGGCAAUAUAUUGCAGAUUUGCUCACUGAUAUCGGGUAAUCACUACAUUUCUAUAUUGCGAACUCGUCACUUCUUCCAGAAUAACCACGUAUUCGCCGCAAGUUGUGAUCGUGGACAAACAUGGUCGAAAGUCGAAAUUCUCGAAUUCCGCAUGGGUCACAUUCGAACUUGGAUCGAAAAGAGCCGACGCUCUUCUGAAGCUGUUCGACGGCGACCAUUGCGACUUAUGGGACUACGGGCAGAAGCUGAAACGGUGUCGGAUGGACCUUUGCGGCGUUGUUUUGAGGAAAAAGCUCUCCGAUUGGGAGAUUCUGAAACUGGAGACAAUGCGACUCACUGUCGAUUUCCUCUGCGAGCUGUAUCCCUCUUUUCUGGGAUUCGACAUCAGUUCGUCCAAAUUCACAGUCAGCGUCCAUCGGAGUGGCCACCUAAUCGAGGAGAUCGGCCUCGAAGAUCUCGUUAUAAAGUACUAUGAAAUCUUUGAAAAAACCGUUAACAUAUUGCCAAUAAGCGGACAAGAACCGUUGAAAAUGUAUGCUGAAAAACUGCAAAAACUAACUUUGUAAUGUAUAUAUGAUUCUGAAAUUUGAAAUUAACCCCCAAUUGUGUGCAUUUGUGAAUUGUGAAGCAUAGAUAAAUCGAUUGCUUUUAUUCUUGCCAAUAAAAAACGCAUUUCGUUUUGUAUUUCCCACUUUUCGGUCAUUCUAUUCCGAUGUAUUAUCAAUUUUCUGCAAUUCCUUGUAUUUUAAAUAUUUUACUAUUCAUUUCCAGAUGGAGAACGAAAUUGUGGCGCAGAGUCUGCGCUCGUACGCUGCAAUUCUGACGACGUUGGCCGAGAAGACGUCGCGAGGCGAGUGUGAGGAGAUGAUGGCGCCGAUCAUCGCCAGCGCUCUUGAUGCUCACGCGGAAGUCGUCGGCAAAAUGAGCAAGUCGGUGAGGAAGCGGAAGAGUCAGGAGAUGCACGUCGAGAGGAAGAUACCUGUGAUCACUCUGACCCAACAGGACGAGUACACCGACCCUUCCGCGACCGCAGCAGACUCAGCUUUCCUCACUUUCGACCCGCCAGCUUCGGAUUUCGACCCUUUUCCGACGUACCUGGUCGGAAACAUCAGAAGCAAACACUCUAGCAUCACGCCGGGACGCCAGAGAUUCACUUUCCUCGCCCUGGAGGGCGGUCACUUUGGAAAGUGUGAGGACGCGACUCUCGUGGCCAAAAUGCUCACAGAUCUCGGGUACGUACCCUAUUUGCAAAGUUGUCCGGCAAAUUUUAUAGUUCAGAAUAGGGACGUCUCCCGAUGAGGUGGUUGUUCCGAUCGGACAGCACCACGAUUCGUUCGCGAGUAUCUCGCAGUUUACAAGAGUAACUUUCGAAGUGAACGCCGCGAGAACUGCACAAAUUAUGAUGAUGUUUGACGGGGAGCGGUGCGAAUUGAAGGAUCACAUCGACGAAGCCGAGUUUCCGAUCUUCUACGUGAGGAUUUAAAAAUUCGGAGACAGUCCGAAACUAAGAAAUUAAAUUUCAGAAGACGUGUCUGCUGCAAGAGCUGACCGAAUGGGACGCGCUCAAAAUCGACACGAUCCUUCUCGCCGUCGGAUUCAUCUCGAACGUCUACCCGUACGAGGACGGCUACUCCUUCAACACUUUCAAGCACUCGCUCACAGUUUUCAAAGAUCAGCGACAGGUUAAGACGCUUGACGUGGAAGAUCUGAUUUUGGAGCACGUGAAAGUGUUCGCCCAGUCCAUUUUGCUGCUUAAAGACGUCGGGCGAGAUGAGAUGAAGAAAUACGCGGUGGAGCUGAUCAAGGAAACAUUUGACCGGCUGGAAGCGAAGCAAAAGAUCGAGGAGAUGGAGAAUCAGCUGCUAGGCUGGGAGGAGAAUCUCUACGAGAACGACAUUCCUACGCCCAAACUGAAAAAGAAGACCAAGAAGCAUUCGGAGGAUGCGGAGAGAGAGAUUCAGAACGAUUUACAGCAAGUUCGUGCUACUACUGCGUACGCGUUCCUAGGCGAUUCGGUCAAUAUCCCCGAUCCAAGGAAGAAUCGAGUUUCGACGGUUUCCAAGAGCAUUCCGGACCCGAAGAAUUCGAGAUCAGUCAUAAAAGAGCAAGCACCGCCUGCUCCACCAGCUAAUAACAAAAGAUCUUCGACGGGCAGAUUCAAAAAGAACUCGUAG